CACGUGAACGCAGCAUAGCUGGACGCGGCGGAGAGGAGAAAAGAAAAGGGCAACGAAGCAGCCCGGAUAAUUCAGCCUCGCAGUCUUGGCGCCAAUCCGACUUCAGAGGGAAAUUAAACGGCUCGGUUUUCACUCACGUUGGAAUCAAAUUCGCAGCCGGUUGCUGCUUCUUUCAAAGCCUUCGGUCGUCUGCUGUAGCCAGCCAGCUAGCUUUGUUAGCACACUAUCCAUCAUUGUCAUAUUCAUCUGGCCCCCUUAUUUCUGCCUGUAGUCACGAUACUAAUAACUCAGCAAAGCACCGGGACAAUAGAGGUGUGUUUCUCCAGGGGGAUCGAGCAGAUACGGCAGCAAAAUGGGGAGGAAGUCCAACAGAGCAAAGGAGAAGAAAGCGAGACGUCUGGAGGAGAGGGCAGCUAUGGAUGCUGUAUGCGCCAAAGUAGACGCAGCCAAUAAGCUCGAAGACCCCCUGGCCGCCUUCCCAGCCUUCAAAAAAUACGACAGAAAUGGGCUGAACCUGCAGAUAGAGUGCAAGAGAGUGACCGCGCUUAACCCGCUGUCUGUGGAGUGGGCUUUCGAACUCACAAGAGCCAACAUGCAGACGCUGUACGAGCAGAGCGAGUGGGGAUGGAAGGAAAGGGAAAAGAGAGAGGAGAUGAAUGACGAGAGGGCUUGGUACCUGCUGGCCCGUGACGCCGACUCCUCCCCCGUGGCCUUCUCCCACUUCCGGUUCGACAUAGAGUGCGGAGAGGAGGUUUUAUAUUGCUAUGAGGUGCAGUUAGAGAGCAGAGUGCGGAGGAAAGGGCUUGGCAAGUUCCUCAUCCAGAUACUCCAGCUCAUCGCUAACAGUACACAGAUGAAGAAGGUGAUGUUGACAGUUUUUAAACAGAACAAAGGGGCCUACCAGUUCUUCAGAGAAGCUUUACAGUUUGAGAUCGAUGAGACCUCACCGAGCAUGUCCGGUUGCUGCGGCGACGACUGUUCUUACGAGAUCCUGAGCAGGCGGACCAAGCACGGCGAGGCCUCGGCGGGACACACCCACGGGGGCGGACACUGCGGGGGCUGCUGCCACUGA